CCUCUACUCUUCAAUACUUGUUUGUAUUUACACAACAGAACGGUUUUUCUGAGUAAUGGCCACGCUCAGAUUCACCGCCUGAUGCUCCGGAGAGAUGAAUUGCAGAUGAGUUUCCCUUCCACCUUUGGAUGAAUCUCUGGAGUUUAAAUUGUAGCAAGGAAGCGGGAAAAAAACACGAUGAAAGAGAAGUCCAAAAAUGCUGCCCGGACUAGACGGGAGAAAGAAAACAGUGAAUUUUAUGAACUGGCUAAAUUACUACCCCUGCCCUCCGCUAUCACCUCUCAGCUGGACAAAGCAUCCAUAAUCAGACUCACCACCAGCUAUUUAAAAAUGAGAGUGGUUUUUCCUGAAGGACUUGGAGAAGCCUGGGGCCACUCCAGCCGAACCAGUCCACUGGAUAAUGUUGGACGAGAACUGGGAUCCCAUCUUUUGCAGACUCUGGACGGUUUCAUAUUUGUUGUGGCUCCGGAUGGCAAGAUCAUGUACAUCUCGGAGACCGCCUCGGUGCACCUGGGCUUGUCGCAGGUAGAGCUGACUGGCAACAGCAUUUACGAGUACAUCCACCCCGCCGACCAUGACGAGAUGACGGCGGUGCUGACGGCGCACCAGCCUUACCACUCGCACUUCGUGCAGGAGUACGAGAUCGAGAGAUCCUUUUUCCUGAGGAUGAAGUGCGUUCUGGCCAAGAGGAACGCGGGUCUUACCUGCGGGGGCUACAAGGUCAUUCACUGCAGCGGGUACCUGAAGAUCCGCCAGUACAGCCUGGACAUGUCCCCCUUCGACGGCUGCUACCAAAAUGUUGGCUUGGUCGCCGUGGGCCACUCGCUGCCGCCCAGCGCCGUGACGGAGAUCAAGCUCCACAGCAAUAUGUUCAUGUUUCGGGCCAGCUUAGACAUGAAGCUCAUAUUCUUAGAUUCCAGGGUAGCUGAGCUAACAGGAUACGAGCCCCAGGACUUGAUAGAGAAGACCCUUUACCACCACGUCCAUGGCUGUGACACCUUUCACCUGCGCUGCGCACAUCACUUGUUGCUGGUGAAAGGGCAGGUGACCACCAAGUACUACCGCUUCUUGGCCAAGCACGGCGGCUGGGUGUGGGUGCAGAGCUACGCCACCAUCGUGCACAACAGCCGCUCCUCCCGCCCGCACUGCAUCGUCAGCGUCAACUACGUGCUCACGGAUACUGAAUAUAAAGGACUACAGCUCUCCCUGGAUCAGGUCACUGCUACCAAGCCGGCAUUCUCUUACGCAAAUUCAACUCCGACCAUAACGGAUAAUAGAAAGGGAAGCAAAUCUCGCCUCUCAAGCACAAAGUCAAAAUCAAGGACAUCACCGUACCCACAGUAUUCUGGAUUUCACACUGAGAGGUCCGAGUCUGACCAUGAGAGCCAGUGGGGUGGGAGCCCACUGACCGACACGGCUUCUCCCCAGCUCCUGGAGCCUGCGGACAGACCGAGCUCCCAGCACCACGACGUCUCCUGUGCCUACAGACAGUACUCAGACCGCAGCGCGCUCUGCUAUGGUUUUGCACUCGACCACUCCAGGCUGACGGAUGACACGCAUUUCCACACUCAGGCCUGUGAAGGAGGCAGAUGCGAAGCAGGCCGGUAUUUCCUUGGCACGCCGCAGCCGGGAAGGGAGAGCUGGUGGGGCUCUCGUUCAGCAUUGCCUCUGACUAAGUCCUCCCCUGAGAGCAGAGAAGCGUAUGAGAACAGUAUGCCCCACAUAACGUCAGUGCACAGGAUUCAUGGAAGAGGACACUGGGAUGAGGACAGUGUUGUUAGCUCACCUGAUCCUGGCUCUGCCAGCGAGUCAGGUGACCGAUACCGUACUGAGCAGUACCAGAACAGUCCACAUGAGCCCAGCAAAAUUGAAACUUUAAUAAGAGCCACCCAGCAAAUGAUUAAAGAAGAAGAAAACAGGCUACAGCUGCGGAAAAACACUCCUGACUCACUGGUCUCCAUUAAUGGCACGGGGAAGAAGCAUGCUAUCUGUUUUGCAAACUACCCUCAGCAGCAGUUGGCAGUGGACGUCUGCCGUGUCCCAACAGUUGCCAACACUCCUCCUUGUGAACACCUCCAGCAGCGAGAUGGAAAGAUUAUGAGCCCACAUGAAAAUGACUAUGACAACAGCCCCACAACACUGUCCAGGAUAAGUAGCCCCAGCUCUGAUCGAAUAUCAAAAUCUAGUUUGGUGCUUGCUAAAGACUACUUGCAUUCAGAUAUGUCCCCUCAUCAAACCCAAGGAGACCACCCAGCAGCCUCUCCAAAUUAUUACAGCUCCCAUAGGCAGUACUUUGAUAAGCACGCUUACACACUAACUGGAUAUGCCCUAGAGCAUCUAUAUGACACUGAAACAAUUAGAAACUAUUCCCUAGGCUGUAAUGGGUCCCAUUUUGAUGUGACUUCUCACUUAAGGAUGCAGCAAGAUCCAGCACAAGGACACAAGGGAACAUCUGUUAUAAUAACCAAUGGAAGCUGACACUUUCUUUUCUAAAAAUUUUGUGCUUUAAAAAAUAACCUUUGAGAUCUAAUUGGAAGAUAUUAUAUGUUUUCAUGCCCUUGUCCUUACCAGCAUUUCCCAUACCACAGUGCACUAGAAAGAAGAACCCAAAGUUUGGGGGGAUAAGUUAGUUAAAACAUAUUACUUAAAAAAAAAAAAACAAAACGCACUGGCAUGCAGGGUUAGAGUAAAUGGAGCUAAACCCAAAGUUGGUGUCAUGCAUGCUGAGAAGGAUGGAAGAGGUCCAGGCAGGGAGUGCUUGUGGCAGGCUAACAGAGCAGUUUACCCACAUUGUGUAAGAGGUGUUGUUUGGAAAUCCUGCCAAGGGCAGAUCUUCUGAACUGCAUAGGUACCAGGCAACAGAACUGCUAUGCACUCUUUGAACGCAGGAAGUUGGGAUGUUUUCCUUCAAAAUACACAGCCAAAUGUGUACUUCUGGUGAUUUGUUUACUCCCCAAAGGCCAAGCAUGUUAUGCUGCUGUGUGGUAUAAAGCAUCCACGGCUGACCUAUAUAAAAUCAAAAGAGGGAGAAAGAAGAGAGAACUCCUUGAAUUGUUAUGUCCUUGUGUACUCACAAACACAGCUAUUUACAUUUGCUUGAUUUGAAAAGAAUCCUUAUGGUUAGUAUGGUCAAAUAUUUACUUCUACUGUAUUAAAAAGAGGGGGGGCGUUCUCACUGUAGUUUUGAAGAAACGUAAAGGGCUUGCUUGUCUUACUGUAGAGAUGGGAGAUGGUUCUCCUGUUUUUGAAAGGUUACCCAUGCUGGGUAGUGGAGUGAAAUGGAGGAAAAUUGCCUGGAGAAACAGGGAGAAUAGACUGGAAUUAGGAGUGGUCCAAGAUAAACAGUUAACCCUGUAGCUAUGUAUGCCAUUUAGUAAUACUUAUAAGGAAAAGCAGCUGAAUAAUUAAAAAUUAAUUUAAAACACAGAAGGAACUCAAUAUUGCUGUAAAAUACAAAUGCAGUUGCAUAAAUAUAAAAAUUCGUGAGACAAGAACAGGUAAAAACUGUUUGGCAGUUUGUCUAACUUUGAUAAAGUUUUGGAGUAAAUUAAGAGAGCAUAAAGUAUCAUAACUACUCUGUCUGAAACACAGUGAAGUAAUAGGCAUAACCUUGAGAAAGAAAUAUGAAUUCUCAUCUUGAUUUCAGCAGAUAAUUUAAUGAAUAUCAUAAAAUAUUAUGGAUAUCAAAAUCAGCCAUAUGUACAUAAAAAAGUAGCGGGAAAUCAGUGUUCCAAGGAAUUAAAUUGUAUUAAGAAUGCUGGUAUUAUCUGGGCCUGUCCUAGAGUUACACAAGACAUCAAAAGAGGCCGAGGAAUUUUUUUUAAUUUUUAAUAACCUCGUGAACAAAGACAUUGAUUGGAAAAGAAUAAAUGCAAACAUAUGUUAAAAAUGUAAAAUAAGGCAUUUGUAGUCACAGUUGCUAGAUCUGUCCUUUUUUUGUAUGGCAUUUAUAUGGUCCCAAAGUUGACUGUAACAGAAAGGAGCACUACUCCCUCUUAUGCCAGUGUUGAGGAAAGGGGACCUGAGGUGGUUACUAAAACGAGAUUAGCUCUAAGACUAGCUUAAUUUGUAACAUUCAGAAGCUCAACAUAUGGGACUGAGUCAUCAAUGGGACUAAAUAUAAACCAGCAUGCUAUGGGUGGGUUAAAAAUACUGUUUCCAAAUAAAACUAAUCAGAAGCAAAAGCUAAAUAGUAACAUUAUAAACCACGUAAGUAGAGAUGCACUUGAAAGCAGAGGAAAUUACCUCUCUGAACUUGGAAUAUUGUGUAUAGUCCUGGUCACUCCAAAGCAGAUUGUGAAUCUUGAAUUGAGUAGUACCUUACUCCAUGAGCAACCUUUGUUGACUGCAGUGUGAUCGCUCCUGGUGAAAUGCACGUUGAACACAAGGGAGAACAACACAGUCUGGUCUUUAUUAUCUAAACCUCGUAACAGAAAAGGUGGAGCAGAGCUCAGCAAAAGAUAAAGAGACUGAAAGAUCUAAUAAAAGCUUUAAAUAAACUGGGUCUGUCAUCUUUGUAAAGGAAAAGAGUAAGGGGUAAUGUCACUGAUGUGCACCAAACUCUGCACAGAGGAGAGAUAAAUAAUGGUCUAAAACUAUUUGAACUAGAGGCAGAAAUGAGAGACAGGGCAUUGAAUGAUAGCCAAGGCAAAAUGAGAACAAAAUGAUUUGGCAAGAAGUUUAUUUGACUCAUUGCCAAACGGAUAACGAAGGUCAUGAAGAGAAGCAGA